CGUUUCAGCAGUUCUGUCAGCCUCGAUGACGUGAGCGCUCUGGCUGCCCUCAUGACGUACAAAUGUGCCGUAGUGGAUGUGCCUUUUGGGGGGGCCAUGGCCGGCAUAAAGAUCGAUCCCAGGAAGUACUCGGAAGCUGAGCUGGAGAAAGUCACGAGGCAGUUCACGAUAGAACUGGCCAAGAAGGGUUUUAUAGGGCCCGGAAUCGAUGUGUUGGGGCCUGACGUCGGCACAGGCGAGCGGGAGAUGUCCUGGAUUGCGGACACAUACGCGCACACUCUCGGCUACAGGGACAUCAACGCCCCUGCCUGCGUGACGGGGAAGCCCAUCAGCCAGGGUGGGAUCCACGGACGCGUCUCAGCCACCGGCCGCGGCGUGAUGCACGGGAUUGAGAACUACCUCAGCAACACGCACUACAUGGACCUCAUCGGCCUGAGUCCUGGCUUCCCCGGCAAGACCUUUGUGCUACAGGGCUUCGGGCAUGUGGGGCUGCACACAAUGCGGUACCUGCACCGCUGCGGCGCCUGCUGCCUCUGUGUUGGCGAGGUGGACGGCGCCAUCUACAACGCCGACGGCAUCCACCCCCAGGAGCUGGCAGACUACAAGCUGGAGCACGGCACCAUCGUUGGCUUCCCAGGAGCAGAGCCCUACAAGGGCAGCGUCCUCGAGGUCCCCUGUGAUAUCCUUAUCCCAGCUGCCACGGAGAGGCAGCUCACAGCAGAGAAUGCCCACCUGGUCAACGCCAAGAUUAUCGCCGAAGCAGCCAACGGCCCCACAACACCAGCAGCACAUGAGAUCUUCCUCAAGAGGAACAUCCUUGUUAUCCCAGACCUGUACAUGAGCGCGGGCGGCGUGACUGUGUCCUUCUUUGAGUGGCUGAAGAACCUGAACCACGUGAGCUACGGGCGCCUCACCUUCAAGUACGAGCGUGACUCCAACCACCACCUGCUGCUCUCCGUGCAGCAGAGCCUGGAGCGGGGCCUGGGCCGUGCCCACGGCGACCUCCCCAUCGUGCCCUCCCCGGAGUUCCAGGCCCGCGUGGCGGGCGCCUCGGAGAAGGACAUUGUGCACUCGGGGCUGGCCUACACCAUGGAGCGCUCGGCCAAGCAAAUUAUGAGCAUGGCCCAGCAGUACGACCUGGGCUUGGAUCAGCGCACGGCCGCCUACCUCUGUGCCCUGGAGAAGGUCUUCAGGGUGUACAACGAGGCUGGCUUCACGUACUGACCGGGCUGGGCUGGGCUGGGCUGGGGGCUGCAUGCCCCGUGACUCCAGCCCCAGCACGUGCAGGAGCUGCCCAGGCUGGGUGUGUCGGGGAAGCACCUGCAUGCAGCACAGUGCCUUGAUAAAGGGUUUAUU